AGCCGGGCUCGGGUCCCGGCUGGCUCCCGGGACCCGGGCCUCAGUUGCGGGCGGGAACUUUCUCCGCCCGCCGGGCACUUGCUGUGUCCCCCAUCGCGCGGGCAAAGUUGCUCGCCGGGCUCGGGACAAACUCGAUCAUUGCUUCGUCCGUGCCCUGCUGCCCGCCCCCCUCCCCAGAUUUAAACCUCCCGCUCGGACCCCAGCGCGCUCCGCGUCCCAGCCGGGUCCGUGGCCGCACCGCAGGGAAGUGCAACUUUCUCCGCCUGCCCAGACUCCGGGCACCCACUCCCCUCGGCCCAGUCCGGGGUGACCGGCUGCUUCCCCGCACAACCCUGUGCGGGAGCGCCAAGUUCUCUAGAGGGAGGGCCGCUUGGCAAACUUUGCGGAGCUGUCACCCGCUGAUUAUUAGCCGCCCGCUGGCCGCUGCGCCCGCUCCUCUUGUGGAGCUUGGGCGUUGGGGUUCCCUCCGCUCCGGUCUGGUCCCUUGGGUCCCGCCGCGGCCCCCGGAGCGGAGCCUCAUGCACGGGUCACUCCUGUGUACGCCGAGGCUUCUGUCGAGCCAGCAGAUGGGUCACGCUGCUAUCGGGCUGGAGCUCUCAGCCGCUAGAGCUUGCCGCCAGUUGCGAACUAGAAACAUGCUCUGAACUGUCACAGAAUGAAACCGGCGCUCUUCAGCGUCUUGUGUGAGAUCAAAGAGAAAACAGGCAUGUAAUGAAUUCACAACACAUGUGAUGAACCUUCUCCGAGAACAGAGUAGAACGCGUCCCAUUUCCCCGAAAGAGAUCGAAAGGAUGGUGGGCAUCAUCCAUCGGAAAUUUAGUUCCAUUCAGAUGCAGCUCAAGCAAAGCACGUGUGAAGCAGUUAUGAUUUUGAGAUCAAGGUUCCUUGAUGCCAGACGGAAAAGGCGUAACUUCAGUAAACAGGCUACGGAAAUCUUGAAUGAAUAUUUUUACUCACACCUCAGCAACCCCUACCCCAGUGAAGAAGCCAAAGAGGAGCUGGCCAAGAAAUGCAGCAUCACAGUAUCACAGGUAUCCAACUGGUUUGGCAACAAACGAAUCAGGUACAAGAAGAACAUCGGCAAAUUUCAAGAGGAGGCCAAUCUCUAUGCUGCAAAAACAGCCGUGACAGCCGCACAUGCAGUGGCUGCAGCCGUGCAGAACAACCAGACCAACUCACCCACCACGCCAAACUCUGGUUCUUCUGGUUCUUUUAACCUCCCAAAUUCUGGGGACAUGUUCAUGAACAUGCAGAGUCUGAAUGGGGAUUCUUACCAAGGGUCCCAAGUCGGAGCCAAUGUGCAGUCACAGGUGGAUACCCUCCGUCAUGUUAUCAAUCAGACGGGAGGCUACAGUGACGGCCUUGGAGCAAACUCACUGUACAGUCCACAUAACUUAAACGCUAAUGGAGGCUGGCAGGACGCAACAACUCCAUCUUCUGUGACUUCUCCUACGGAAGGCCCGGGCAGUGUGCACUCGGAUACCUCUAACUAAUCCCCGGCGCUUUCCCAGCUGACAUGCCUUGAUAAGCGCAUUUGGAGCACUAGGAGAAGGAAAGCGUUUGUAACCCACCACCUACAGCUUUACUGUAACCCUGUCUUCUUAGAGAACUCGGGAAACCUGUUUUUUAAGGAAUCAUAAUCAUUUGUAUUUAAACUUAAGACACACGUUUAAAAAGAAAGCACUUUAUCCAAUUAGGCCAAGAUGUAACAUUGUUGACACUUCUUUAACUGUUUCAUCCUAAUUUAUUAUGGGUCUUUUACAUUAAUGGUUCCACAGUUGCCAGUUCCUUGGCCUUAAGGGUAAGAAGUACCAUCUAUGCUAGACCCCAAUUAUAGAGCAGGCAAGGUUCACCCUGCCUAAGCUGAACCCUUGCGGAUUUCCAUGCAGGCUCUCAUCAUCGUUCUCAUAUCACGGAUGGGCUUGGAGGGAAGGCGAUGUCUGCCUGUCUUCUUAAGGAAGGCAUUUCAGGACUUCCCUUGCCAUGUUUGUGUUGCCAUCUCUUAUGUUGUAAUUAGGUCAAAGACUGGUGGCCUCCUUUCUCCCUCUGAAGUACCAGAGCCUGGAGUCUGCGCUAAUGAGACCAUGGAUCCAGAUUGCCCUAAGAUGAAGAUCUUGCUGCUACAGAGGUGAAAACAAGACCUGUCUGGGGUUUGACCGUGUGCGCUAGGUGCUGCACAGACUUGUCAAGGUGUGCUCUUCCUCUGGGCAGCCUGGAAAGGCCCUGCUCUCUGGAGUGCUGUAUAUAGUGUAGCAAAAGAGUAUUUAUACAUCCCACCAAUCAAAACACAGCUUUAUUACCUCAUGCGAACUCAUACAAACCAAUAGAAUCCCAACAUGUUCUGUAGCUUAGAGCGCUCACUUACUACCUCUGAACAAUACUCACGCUGUAGUUUGUCUCUUUCUUAUCUUUUUUGCAUCUUGUAAUUAACUCUUUGUUUCCCUUCACAAAAUGUAAUGUACAUUGUAAUCUUUUAAAAGAAAACUCAGGGUUGCAUUUGCAACCCUUAAAAAGCCAAGAUUGGCAACAUUGGGUCUGACUCUUAACACAGGAUCAUCCAAGCUGUUGUAAAUACUGAGAAGCGUUUUGAAUGUUCUUCAUCUUGUUACUAAUCCAUACAGAAGAAAAAGGAAAAAAAGAAAAAAAAAAAAAAGGCGGGUUCUUGUGAUGCGUUCAGAUUCAGUAUUCAGCACUGUACAUUUCACCCUGUGUGGCGGGCCCUCUCCUUCUCUUUUUGUAUUGUAUGCGAUUCUGAAACUGACUGGGUCGUGACAAUAAUUUGUGGCGGUGAUUCUGAUGUAUUAAAAGCGUUCCGUGUUCCUUUCUACUGGCUCACACCCUGGAUUGAAAAGUCUUCCUUGUGGUAGUUAUAUGUAGUUUCAAACAUGAAUAAACUUUGCUUUCCUGAUUAAACUUA